AUCGAUAGUGUCAAGCCUCCGAAAUUUGCUAUUCACACAAAAGCGUUCGCGGUAUUCACAGUAAACAUUUAUUGUUAUUUUAUAUUUGCCGCAGCUGGCUGUCAACCAACUGCUGUAUUUACAUUUAUUUAUAAUAUUAAGGAGUCAAGAAAUAGUUCAGCUGCAUAAUGGGCUUUCUAACAGUAUUGAAAAAGAUGCGUCAAAAGGAAAAAGAGAUGCGUAUACUCCUACUUGGCCUGGACAAUGCAGGCAAAACAACGAUUCUAAAGCGCUUUAACGGCGAACCCAUAGACACAAUCUCACCCACUCUGGGAUUUAACAUUAAGACACUGGAACACAAUGGCUACACACUCAAUAUGUGGGACGUGGGCGGCCAGAAAUCAUUGCGAUCCUAUUGGCGCAACUACUUUGAGUGCACAGAUGGUUUAGUUUGGGUUGUGGACAGUGCAGAUCGAAUGCGUCUAGAGAGUUGUAAACAGGAACUGCAAGUACUAUUGCAAGAGGAGCGCUUGGCCGGGGCCACAUUGUUAGUAUUGUGCAAUAAACAGGAUUUGCCCGGCGCCUUAAAUUCCACAGAAAUCAAAGAGAUAUUGUGUUUAGAUGACAUCACAACGCAUCAUUGGCUGGUCGCUGGAGUAAGCGCUGUCACAGGCGAAAAGCUACUGAGUUCCAUGGAUUGGCUAAUCGAUGAUAUUGCCAAGCGAAUAUUUACCCUAGAUUAGAUUUGCGUACUUCCCCAGCAUAUACAUUCUAUACAUCUACAGAAGCAAAGCCUAGCACAUUAACAGGAUUAACUUAAAGUUUACUUUUCAAGCAAAUACAUUUUGUAUAACUUAG